ACACACUAUAUUGAUGGGUUUGGAACACGAGCCGGUGCAUCAGUAUUUUGACAUAGGCUACAGUAAAAUCCUGUUUCAUGGUUAGUAAUAUUAUAAAUAAAUACAGUAUAAAGAGGGAAUAAAAUGCAGUCGGAUGACGCGCAGUAUCUAAAACGGAAAGUGAAGACGGGGAAUAUCGAUGUUCACCCCACGGAGAAGGCCCUGGUGGUGCACUACGAGGUGGAGGCUUUCGUCUUGGGAGAAAAUGGUGACUCUGUACAUGAGGAGCGUAAAGAAUGUCAGAAGGUAAUACGACUGAAGAGUCUGAAUUCCGGGACGGACAUCUCCUCUCUCGCUAGGAAAGUGGUGGAGGAAUGUAAACUCAUCCAUCCUUCCAAAGUGGCCGAAGUGGAACAUCUUCUCUUCUACCUGCAGAACCGCAAGAAGGCCGGCAGUAAAGAACGAGAGGAGAAGAACCUGGUGAGACCCCGAGAACUCACUCCGUUUGAGGGGAUGGAGCUGGAUGAGGAGGCCAAUAUCAAUAAGAUUGAGGAUUACAUUGAGCUGCUGUAUGAAGGAAUUCCGGAGAAGAUCAGAGGAUCCACUCUCAUCCUCCAUCUCGCACGAAAUCCAGAUAACCUGGAGGAGCUGCUGCAUAACGAAGUUGUGCUUGGUGCACUGGCGAGAGUGUUGAGAGAAGAUUGGAAACAGAGUAUGGAGUUGGCCACCACCAUCGUUUACAUCUUCUUCUGUUUCUCCAGCUUCUCCCAGUUCCACGGUUUGAUCACGCACUAUAAGAUCGGCGCUUUGUGCAUGAACAUCGUCGAGCACGAGCUGAAGAGGCACGACGUCUGGCAGGAAGAGCUGGAGAAGAAGAGCAAAACCUGUGAAGAAGACCCUGACAACCAGAACCUGAAGAAGGAACACGAAAAGGCCUACAAGAAAUACCAGAGUCUUCUCAUAAAGCAGGAGCAGCUGCUAAGAGUGGCUCUGUAUCUGCUCUUAAACCUGGCUGAGGACAAGCGCACAGAGCUGAAGAUGAGGAAUAAGAACAUCGUACAGCUGCUAGUUAAAACUCUGGAUCGGGAUAACGAGGAGCUUCUGGUGCUUGUUGUCUCCUUCCUUAAGAAGCUUAGCAUCUUCCUGGAGAACAAGAACGACAUGGCAGAGAUGAACACGGUGGAAAAGCUGGUGCGUUUGGUGCCGUGCGAUCAUGAAGACCUGCUGAACGUCACGCUGCGUCUCCUGCUCAACCUCUCCUUUGAUACUGGACUACGAAACAAGAUGGUGCAGGUCGGCCUCCUGCCCAAACUCACCAGCUUGCUGAGCAAUGAGACUAAUAAACAGAUAGUGAUGUGUAUCCUGUACCACAUCAGCAUCGACGACCGCUCCAAAUCCAUGUUCGCCUACACUGACUGCAUCCCUCAGCUGAUGAAGAUGUUGUUCGAGAACAAAGAGGAGAGAAUCGACUCUGAGCUCAUCUCCUUCUGCAUCAACCUAGCGGCUAACAAGAAAAACGCUCAGCUUCUCUGUGAAGGAAACGGUCUGAAGAUGCUGAUGAAGAGAGCACUGAAGUCUAAAGACCCGCUGCUUAUGAAGAUGAUCAGGAACAUCUCACAACACGACGGCCCGCUCAAACAGCUUUUCCUGGAUUAUGUCGGGGAUCUGGCAGCUCAGAUCAGUCCUGAAGAAGACGAGGAGUUUGUGAUCGAGUGUUUGGGCACGUUGGCGAACCUCACCAUCCCCGACCUGGACUGGGAGCUGCUGCUCCGCGAGUACAACCUCGUUCCCUACCUCAAGGAGCACCUCAAACCUGGCUCAGCAGAGGAUGACCUGAUCCUGGAGGUGGUUAUACUGAUCGGCACGGUGUCUAUAGACGACUCCUGUGCUGCCAUGUUAGCCAAAUCUGGCAUCAUUCCUGCUCUUAUUGAGCUUCUUAACGCCCAACAGGAAGAUGAUGAGUUUGUAUGCCAGAUCGUCUAUGUUUUUUAUCAGAUGGUUUUCCACCAGGCCACCAGAGAUGUCAUUAUUAAAGACACUCAGGCUCCGGCAUACCUCAUUGACCUGAUGCAUGACAAGAAUGCAGAGAUCAGGAAAGUGUGUGACAACACACUGGACAUCAUCGCAGAGUAUGAUGAACAGUGGGGUUGUAAGAUUCAGUGUGAGAAGUUCCGCUGGUUUAACUCUCAGUGGUUAGAGAUGGUGGAGAAUCGAGAGACGGAGACAGAACCGUUCCUCUUCGGAGACAACGAGGCUCUGGAACCACCAGACCUGUUUUACAGCACAGAUGGAAUGCCUCCAGAUGCAGGUCUGAGUCCGGACUCCUACACUCAGUACGAAGACUUUAGUUCAUGCAAUGGAUUAAACGGCCGUCCUGCCACUGCAUACGGGUUUCGCCCAGACGAGCUGUUCUACCAUCAUGUCUCCAGCUAGAGGACCACAAUCAUCCCUCAUACACGUUAUCCAUUUCAAACACCACACCAAGUCCAGAAUUAGACGUCUGCCCUAAACAAAACAAAAAAUCCCAGCAGAUUCCUUUUUCAGAGAUUUCAUAUAAACAAGAAGCUUCUCUGAGCACACAUUUAAUUUAUACAGAUUACGAUUCCAGAUUUAAUAUAAUUGGAAAGGAUUUAACAACAUCCAGACUAAGAUAUCUAUAUCAUAAAACAUUCAGAUUAAGAUAUUCAAAAUAAAUAAAGAAUUUGACAUCAGACAUUCACUAAAAAAAAUCUAUCCAUAUUAGAAUAUCCAGAUUAAAAAAAAAAAAAAAAAAAACAGACUGUGAGAUUAUCAGAAAUCCAGAUUAGGAAUAGCAAGAUUGAGAUGAUUUACUCCAUUUCAACUUUUUCUUCUUUUCCUGGUGAACGCCACAGGCAUUCUAGAUCAGGCAUCCAUAUCAAGUUAAGAUGUAGCUGUCUGGGAUUAUAAUAUCUCCAAUCGUUCUGGAUUAACACAUUCAGAAUAAGAAGUCCAGAUUAUGAUAAAAUAAGCUUCAGGUAAAGAGACCUUGGAGUUUUAAACCAGAUGAAAAUUAAAUCCCAAUGAAGAGAAAUAUGACAGAAUACAUGUACAUAAGAAUGAAAUCCAGAUUAAUGCACGAGGAGUUGAAGGAAAAUCAGGAAAAUGGAUGAAAAACGCUCUUGAAUUUCUAGAAGUUUCUUUAUUUUGAGCAUCACCGAUGCAAAUUCUGCUCUAACCUCACUGAUCUUUUUUUCAUCCAGAAUAAUGUGAUUUUUAUUAUUUAUAUCAUUUAGUUGAGGAACAGUUUGAACUGACUGCACUUUAAUAUUUAUAACUUUAAUUUCACAUGAAUUCAGCGCUUGAAUACGUUUACGUACACCUUUUCCUGAUGGUGUGUUUAAGUAGUAGCGUUUGAAUGUUCAGCUUUGCCUAAACUCUUCAUGAAUACGCUAAUAAUUACUACAGGCUUCACGAAUUAGAAAUACACGCACUCUGACUUCAUCUACACAUGUUUACUUCAUUCCUCGCUGACAGAAGUACAUUGUUCGCUAUCGAUAAUUCGCUAAACUCACGUUAUAAUGUUACCACACUAUUGUUUUAUUGAUUUGCUCAGUUCAAGAACGGCCAAGCUAGCACUAAUAAAUCAUUGAUUAUUACCCAAACUAGCAUUAAUAAACAAUUACCAAAUCUACCAAUUAUUGAAUGAACGAUCUCAGCUAGCAAUAAUCAAUUAGUUGUUAACUCGGCUAGCAUUAAUGAAUGAUCUCAGCUAGCAUGAAUUAUUUAGUUGUUAACCUAGCUAGCAAUAAUUAAUGAUCUCAGAUAGAAUUAAUGUAUUAAUUCCUAACCCGACUAGCAUUAAUUAAUAAUCUUAGCUUGCAUUAAUGAAAUAAUUGGUAUUCAAUAAUUUAUCUCUGCUAGCAUUAAUAAAUUACUUGAUUUUAACCUGGACCACAUGAAUUAUCUCAGCUAGCAUGAAUUAAUUAUUUAUUAAUCUGGCUAUCAUUACUUAAUUAUCUUAGCUAGCAUUAAUUGAUUAAUUAUUAAUGUAGCUAGCAUGCAGACAACUAGAGUGAACUAUUACAUGUUUUGGCUUCACAAUUUGUACCAUCCUGACAUUUAUGUAUUAGCAAAUAUUUGUCAUUAGCCUAGCAUGUACAGAAUAACUGAACAUUCAGUGUUUCAAAUGACUGAGAUUGACGACUCGAGCUGUGUGAAUAUAUACGAUUGUUUUUGUAGCAGACAUGUUGAUUGGCCACUCUUUGUACUGAUUGUACUGAUGCAGAACCAUUCACACUCUGUUUGAAAACUAUUUCGAUCGCUUUAUAUGUAGCCAUAUUUCGCUAUUCUUUCUGAUUGCAAUCUGUGCACUUUUUUUGUUGUAUAUAUUUAGAUUUUCAGCCUUUAUAUGAGUUUUAUUCGUUUUAAUUGCAUUAUAUUCAGACCACUUGACAAAAGCAAUGAGGUCAUAUAGAUAAUUAAGAAAUUUUAAUGUAACGACGAGAAUAUAAAGUCUCCCUGCAUUGCAAAUAGAAAAUGUGAAACAUGAAAUAAACCGAUGUUCAAAUAAAA